CUCCCUCCCCCCCUCUCUCUCUCGUGAUUUGUGUAUCUUACUAUAUACGUUGGAAUACAUUUAGAACAUGUUCACACUCCUAGUGUUUGUCCAAAAUCUAUAUAAGCUAAAGGUAGACACUAUUAUUUGUCAUCUUUUCUUUCCGUUAUUUUACGAUAUUUAGAGACGUAAUUAAACCAUCUCACGUAUAUAUAUGGAGUAAGAAUAUCGAGCAUAGCGUUAUCAUACUGCGCCCAUUUUGGAAUCCGAAAAGCAUUUACUUAUUGACUUUUUAUCCCGGUUAUCAAAUCAUGUCAAUCGUUUACAAGACGACAUCGUGCUAAAAACAAACAGAUAAGAUGGCCAAAAGAUAACAAACAAUUGGCUUUAUCUUGAGUGUAUCUUUAACGGAUAAAUGUGACUGUUUUUACGUAUGUGUUUAUGUACGUGUGGGCUGGCAUCAAAUAGAAACGGUGUAAUAGUUUUACGCCAAACUAGAUUCUCUAUUCUCUAAUGAUAAAUCUGUCAUGCAUUGUUACAUUCGGUGUGUCGCUUUCCAUGUAUUGUUUGUCUCAGGGACUGCAGGACAAGAAACCUGUGAGAGGAAAAAUUCCGUGUACUACAAUCACAGAUGUUUCGAGGUAAUUCACGAAGAUCAAUCUUGGUCAAAAGCGAGGUUCUACUGUGAAAACCAAGGAGGGCACUUGGCCGCCAUUGACGACAAGGACACAGACGACUUUAUUAAACAGAUGCUGUUAAAGGGGGCGCGUGGUGACGUCUGGAUCGGCGCCUUAUCAAGAAAGCGCUGGUUCUGGGCGGACACUAAUAGAGAAAUUGGGUGGACGUCCUGGGCCGUCCACGAGCCGAAUGACGCCGGCGGGCAGGAGGAUAGGGUGGCCUUGUGGAAGGACUUUAACUACGAGUGGAACGACGAGAGAGCAGAUACCACGUACCUCCACAGAUGGGACGCUGACGGAAGAGAAAUCCAUGGAAUUAAAUCUAACGCUGUUUGCGAAUACGAAGGGCAGACGUGCUCGCCUACCAUUCCAAAGACGUGUGUGUACAUUGCAGGCGUUGGUUCGUGUUAUUGUCUGAAUGCAGACCUCUCAGAUGACCGUAAGGGGUACACGUGGGGCCAGGCUAAUGCCAUGUGCACCAGUACAGGGGCGCGGCUCGCACAUGUUGACAACCGUGCAACUAUGGACGCUUUGAUCCGACAGAUCCAAAACGUGUCCCGCGAACAGUGGCAGUUCGGUGGAAACUACUGGAUUGGCGCCGUGUGGAACAGAACAGCCCCCUUUAAAUGGAUUUGGGAAACUGGAGGAAAAGUUAACUACAGCAACUGGCUUAAUUCGCCGCAAAUGAACCCUUCAAUUAUCCAGGCUGCGAAAUUAGCGUUUAAACAGGACUUUAUGUGGAUGUCCGAAAGCAUAACAUCUAUGCACCACUUCAUUUGCCAGUUCGGUAUGGUUUAAGACAGUGCGGUAGUGGUACUGGAGCCAAGUAGCGGUGCCCCGACACUGAAACCCACAACAGCCCCCAUAAAC